CCUUAGCCAGGGCUGCGCUCUCCUGUAUACCAUUCAAAGGAGGGAGAGAGGGGCAAACGCGCUCUGUCCCUGGCUCCCCCAUGCACGGGGCUAGGUGUGCGCGCAGCUCUCCCGGCGCUAGUUUGCGCGCGCUCUCUGUCGCAUAUGCAAAUCCACGCGCCCCCAGCCGGAGUUAGGAUGCUGCUGCCGCUUCUUCCUCCUCUGCAAGACCCAGCUCCCGCAGACUUGUUCUCAAGACUAUGAAAUGACCAGACCUCUUCACCUAGCAGCAGCAGCCUGGGCACCUGACCUCCUCCGCGCAACCUUGAGCAGAUCGAGGGGGAGAAAAGGGCUCCUCUCCUCACCUCUCCUCCUGUGCCUGGGUGCGGUGGCAAAGCCAGGGGGGCCGUGAAAGCAGCGCAGACUCGGGGCACGUUGGUGGCAGCCUUUGGGCUCCCCAGACUGGACGAGUGGCAGGAGAAGCAGCCACUUGAAGAAGGAAGGGGCUCUCGAAAAGCUGCUCCCCUCUCCUUCCCUUCCUCUCCCCCUUGCCCGAAGAAAGUGGCGUGCGGGGCUUGCUUCUUCCCGAGGACUGCUGCUGGUGGUGGUGUGUUUUUUUCCUUUGCUUGCUUCUCUGACCAGCCAUGGGGAAAGGUCUGGAAAGCACGGCUGCCCGAUGCGGACUGGGACUGGGAUACUUACUGCAAACGUUCGUGUUGCCUGCCCUGGCUAUCCUGAGUGCCAGCAGCACGGGCUCCGCAGCGCAAGAUGAUGAUUUUUUUCAUGAACUCCCAGAAACCUUUCCAUCUGAUCCUCCAGAGCCUCUGCCUCAUUUCCUCAUUGAGCCUGAAGAAGCUUACAUCGUAAAGAACAAACCUGUGAACUUGUACUGCAAAGCCAGCCCUGCCACCCAGAUCUAUUUCAAGUGCAACAGUGAAUGGGUUCAUCAGAAGGACCAUGUGGUGGAUGAGCGAGUAGAUGAAACUUCUGGUUUGAUUGUUCGGGAAGUGAGCAUUGAGAUUUCCCGUCAGCAGGUGGAAGAACUCUUUGGACCUGAAGAUUACUGGUGCCAGUGUGUCGCUUGGAGCUCUGCCGGCACUACUAAGAGUCGAAAGGCCUAUGUUCGCAUUGCAUAUCUCCGAAAGACUUUUGAACAGGAGCCCCUGGGGAAAGAAGUGUCUUUGGAACAGGAAGUCCUGCUCCAGUGCCGUCCACCUGAAGGCAUCCCAGUAGCUGAGGUGGAGUGGUUGAAAAAUGAAGAGGUGAUUGAUCCCGUCGAAGAUCGGAAUUUUUACAUCACCAUUGAUCACAACCUGAUCAUCAAGCAGGCACGUCUUUCUGACACAGCUAACUACACAUGUGUCGCCAAAAACAUCGUCGCCAAGAGGAAAAGCACUACUGCCACUGUAAUUGUCUAUGUCAAUGGCGGCUGGUCUACCUGGACUGAGUGGUCAGUGUGUAAUGGUCGCUGUGGAAGAGGCUAUCAGAAGCGCACAAGGACCUGCACCAACCCUGCCCCACUCAAUGGUGGUGCCUUUUGUGAGGGCCAAAGUGUCCAAAAAAUAACUUGCACCACCCUGUGUCCAGUGGAUGGUAGAUGGACAGCAUGGAGUAAGUGGUCUACCUGUGGAACAGAGUGUACCCAUUGGCGCAGGAGGGAAUGCACAGCGCCAGCACCGAAGAAUGGCGGGAAAGAUUGUGAGGGUCUCGUUCUGCAGUCCAAGAACUGCACAGAUGGGCUGUGUAUGCAGAGUUUCAUUUAUCCUAUUUCAACUGAACAGAGAACCCAGAAUGAAUAUGGAUUUUCUUCUGCUCCUGACUCAGAUGACGUAGCUCUCUACGUUGGCAUUGUGAUAGCUGUAAUCGUGUGCCUAGCUAUUUCAGUGAUUGUGGCACUGUUCGUGUAUCGGAAGAACCACCGUGACUUUGAGUCAGAUAUUAUAGACUCCUCGGCACUGAAUGGCGGAUUCCAACCUGUUAACAUCAAGGCUGCAAGACAAGAUCUCCUGGCAGUGCCACCAGACCUCACAUCUGCUGCAGCCAUGUACAGAGGUCCUGUCUACGCCUUGCAUGAUGUCUCUGAUAAAAUCCCAAUGACCAACUCUCCAAUCCUUGAUCCACUGCCCAACCUGAAGAUCAAGGUCUAUAGUACCUCGGGUGCAGUCACCCCACAGGACGACCUGUCCGACUUCUCAUCCAAGUUAUCCCCACAGAUAACUCAGUCUCUGCUGGAAAACGAGACCAUGAACAUGAAAAACCAGAGUCUUGCUCGACAAACAGACCCAUCAUGCACUGCUUUUGGCACCUUCAACUCCCUUGGCGGUCACCUGAUCAUUCCCAAUUCAGGCGUAAGUUUGCUGAUCCCUGCAGGGGCUGUUCCCCAGGGAAGAGUAUAUGAAAUGUAUUUGACAGUUCACAGGAAGGAGAACAUGAGGCCACCAGUGGAAGACAGUCAAACCCUUUUGACCCCCGUGGUGAGCUGUGGGCCUCCAGGAGCAUUGCUGACACGGCCUGUCAUUCUAACUAUGCACCAUUGCGCAGAGCCAAACACAGAGGACUGGAAGAUCCAGCUGAAGAACCAAGCAGCCCAGGGACAGUGGGAGGACGUGGUGAUGGUUGGAGAGGAGAACUUCACCACUCCAUGCUACAUCCAGCUAGACCCAGAAUCCUGCCAUAUCCUGACAGAAACACUUAGCACCUACGCCCUGGUGGGACAGUCAACCACCAAAGCAGCAGCAAAACGUCUCAAGCUGGCCAUCUUCGGGCCGCUCUCCUGCUCAUCGCUGGAAUACAGCAUCCGAGUCUACUGCUUGGAUGACACUCAGGAUGCCCUUAAGGAAGUUCUACAGCUGGAGAGGCAGAUGGGAGGACAGUUACUGGAAGAACCAAAGGCUCUGCAUUUUAAGGGAAGCACCCAUAACCUCCGUCUGUCCAUUCACGACAUUGCCCAUUCUCUCUGGAAGAGCAAAUUGCUGGCUAAAUACCAGGAAAUUCCCUUUUACCACAUCUGGAGCGGGUGUCAGAGAAAUCUACAUUGUACCUUCACCCUGGAAAGGUUCAGCCUGAGCACGCUGGAGCUGGUUUGUAAACUCUGCGUACGGCAGGUCGAAGGAGAAGGACAGAUCUUCCAACUCAACUGUACGGUGUCAGAGGAACCUACUGGCAUUGAUUACCCUCUCAUGGAUUCAGCAAGUACCAUCACCACCGUAGUGGGACCGAGCGCUUUCAGUAUUCCCCUGCCCAUCAGACAGAAGCUCUGCAGCAGCCUUGAUGCCCCACAGACCAGGGGCCAUGACUGGAGGAUGUUGGCCCACAAACUGAAAUUGGACAGGUACCUAAAUUAUUUUGCUACAAAAUCGAGUCCUACUGGCGUGAUCCUAGAUCUUUGGGAAGCCCAGAAUUUUCCUGAUGGCAACCUCAGCAUGUUGGCGGCAGUCCUCGAAGAAAUGGGAAGACAUGAGACAGUUGUUUCUUUGGCGGCAGAAGGAAAAUAUUGAUGCAACCUUGGAAUGAAAAAGAAGGAAUGGAACUAGGGGAGUGGUAUUGCCCUGUGAGCUAUGAAUAAGAAACAAAAUGAAUACCCAGACCAAUGAGUUUCACAAAAGACAUUUCAGAGAAGAAAACAUCAGCCCUGACUUUCACAUAUGUUCUCCUUGUACAUUAUGACAGGAUCUAAAAGAAAUCAUGCAAAGUUGUACCUUGAAAAUAUAAAUCAACCUAACGUUCCCCUCAGCUUGGCUGUACACUGCUUGGUACAGGAUUUUACAGUUUCCUAGGAAACGCUUUUUAUUGCUAUCCAGAUGUAUGGAUAAACUUUCUUAACAAUCCCAGUUUCUAUGGACGUUGUUUACAUCAAAUACCGGACAGGGGUAAGGAGACUGUCCAGGGCUUUUUAUAUUUUUGUUUCAAGCCAUUCUAGACAAAGCUGUGGACAGUUGGUUGUGGCUAUUUCAGAUGAUCAAUUUCCAGUGAAAUUCAGACUUUGGCUACAAAUCCGUGCAUCAAGUGUCUCAAAAUAAUCCUCCCAUCAUUGUUCUGUUUCUUGGAACUGGUUGUAAGACCAGUGUUUUGAAACGUAUGCAUCUGGAAAGCAGAUAAUCUGGGUGCUAAGCAGGAAUGCAUGUCUCUCUCCCCGCCUCCCCCAAGGGAAUUCCACGGGUUCGUUGUGAAAAAUAGCUGUAGGAUUGUAGGGAAGAUAGGGAUUCAUUUUCAACUCACAAUAUAAUCCACUCCCUUCUUAAAGAAAGUAUGUGCGCGUGAGGGAGAUGCAAUUUGGAGUGUGGGUUGGGUGGCGGGAAAUAACCCUGAAAACAGAUUUUGCUAUAAUGAUUAUUUACUGAUAAGUAUCUAGUGCAAGGAUUAUUAUUAUUUUAUUUUAAUUUCUAAUUUUGUCAGCAAUAGCAUGUAUCAUUCAAGUGUCAGCAGAACCUGUUCUCUCCCUUCUGGAGCUGCAUGGGUUCUUCUAACACACUUCCCUUCAAAUGCCACUCUCCCUCCCCUUCUCCAGCCAUUGUGCUCACCCUCCAAGGCCUCGGGUUGCCAGCAGGGCAUGCUCACAUGGUUAGCAUACACUGGAUCAGCUCCUCCACUGGUGUAAAUUGAAGUCAAUGAUUUAAACCAGCAGAGGAUCUAGUUCAAUGAGUUCCAACUACCACACCAUGUGAGCUACUGCAACACCCCCUAUUUACUAAUGAUUUGAGGAGCAAACAUCCAUUGUUAUGCUGGAAACCGUGCUGUGAAUAAACCCUCCCAAACCAACCACCCAUAGUCCUUAAUUUUCAGAAGCACGUGUAGCAACAGUAUGCAGGUACUUCUCAUGAAUGCCUGAUGUGGAUAUUCAUGUGUGACAUCAGGCACUGUGUGUGCAAAAAUAUGCAUGUGUACUCUGGAAAAUAAAGACCUUAGGCUCGUUUUUUUUUUUUUUUUUAAAAACAGGUCUUGAAAAGCCACCACUCCCAUUUACUUUCCUUGGGAUUGUGGGUGCUCAGCCCCACUGAAAAUCAGUCCCUUCCAUUUUAAUCAAAGGUGUAUGAUAGUGGAGGACAGUUAUGGAACGGGGAGGCCGCUCCAUUUUAUUCUACGGGCAAAUUCUGGUGUGUGUGAUCCGUAUGGUGGAUCUUUACUGCUGCUCUGCCUCCAUGCAGGGAAGUGCCACUGGAGACCAUAAGAGUUCCACCCCACAGGGCAGUGUAGAAUAACAGUGUUGAAUUCUGCUCUACAGCAGAGCUUUCUCCUCGCUAUUUCCACACCCUAUAAAUGUUCUUCGAAGUUGUCUCAUCAGUUACGGCUGGAACUCAUUUCCGCUGUGGUAGAAGGUGCUCAUUUGUUUUCAUCCCAUGUCCCUCUUGGCCAUGUUGAUGUGUGCAAACAGCUGAUGUGGGGAGUUAGGCAAGUAAAGCUAACUCUUGUUUUUCCGGUUGCCAUUUCUUUGCAGACUUGUUUUGCUUUGUGCUUAGUGGGAAGAGUGACUCUUUUGUAUGAGGUAGGCCAUAUCAUUUCAAUAUUUCUUCCUAACCUUUCCUUUCACUUCCAAUGCUAGGAAAGCAUUCUCACCCAUGCCAUCGAGCCAGCCCCUGAUUAUUUUAUUUAUUUAUUUUAUACUCUCACUUUGUAUUCUUCUAGGGGAUUUUUUUUUCUCCUCAGGUUUUAAAGUCUGCAUUUUUAAAUGUAACUGUGGAAAUGUCAUUCGUCGAAAUGGAAGGCGAAUUUCGUCUGACCUUUUCCCCAUUUUGACAUUUCUGUAGGCUUUUUAGCUUCAGCUCAGCGUCACCGACCGUGUAUUUAUUAAACACGGGACAAUGUUCAUAAAACCAUUCCCUGGGUGGAGAGCAGUUUGCCAGCAACUCAGAAGUGGUGAAACCCAGAUAUAGACUCAUAGGGUUGGUGUGCACAGGUUCGUACCUGCAGAAUCUGCCUGCGUUUUAGUGUGAAGUGAAGGACUCUCUCUGAUGCUCUUCAACCUGAUUGUCCUUUUCAUAUGCAGCCUUAUAAUCCUGUUGUUUUCGGGCCUAAUCUAAACCCCAUGGAAAUCAAUGGACGUCUUUCCAUAGACUUGAGCGGGUUUUGGUUCAGUCUCACCAUUUCCUCUAGUCUUCCCCACUACUCCCCUCUUGUCUCCAAUAUGCCUUCCCAACCUAAGCUCAUCUAUGGCCUUCUGACUCCUUCAUUUCUUCCUCUUUAGGGAAGCAGAGUCCCUGCCUUUCAGCAACAUUAACCAUUUUCCCACACUUUGUUCCUCCCCAAUGGUGUAAGAGGGGGGCUGAAAGAUGUGUCCCAGUUUUCCUCCCUUUCAGCUCCAAGCAGGUACGUCUUUCAUACUCCUCCUGCUGGGCUGCUCUUUCAGGACAGGCUGAUGCUGUUUUCUGUCUCUCAGCUCCUGCCUUCCACUCCUAGGAGCAGCUUUUGUCGUAUAAAGCUCUAAGAUCCUUUGAACUCGCUACAGUAUGUUUUCACUCGGUAAGAAAACCUGCAGCCUUCUCACCCUAACCAUGCAAGGAAGUUUCUGAUAGUCACAGGCUAAACUGCCUUAAGCAUAAGCUUGGUGUUGGAGCGCUCUUCGCAAAAAAAACCUGCAGCUGGGUGAUUUUGGGUAAGCAAUUCUGACAGCAGGACAACAUCAUUCUCAAUGUACAGUACUUCCCUCAUUUUGCCACUAAGGGAUUGGUCAGUAGAAAAAGCUUAGCUCAUAUUCUGAGGUGGGUGGAGAGUGAGUGCCUAUCCAAACUAAUAUUGCCACUUGUUGAGAAAGGGGAGGUGCUCUUGACUCAGAACCGCAGUUGUUCCUAUUCUUAUUCCAGCCCAUCUGCUUGGGUGUCCAGUAAUCUGAAAAGAUCUCAAGUAAUCCAGUGUAGGGACAAAGGUGCUCUCUACUUCCCUUCCCUUGCAGUAGGUUCACAGGGGUGGCAGGGUCUAAUGACACCGUAUAAGCUUUUGGUGUAGCCUAAAUGUUUCUGUUGAAUGGUCCAACGUAAAUUAACGCUCAAGAUUAGUGAUAGGUAAUCGGUCGGACUUUGCAAUUGCACCUCCUUGGAUAACUGAUUCGGGAAUCUGGUGCCCCUCUGAGUCCCAUCCAAACCUUUAGCUCUCUCUCACUUUAGCUUCCACAUCAAUUCAAGCUUCCUUUGUUUUGGGGGUUUUCUUCCCACCCCAAAAAAGGCCUAAGUGGUUCGUGGAUGGCAGAUACUUUUGCAGCUCAAAACCCAUCUUUUUAAAUUUCACUUGGGAGUGCUCCACAUUCAAUAUGCAUCCAUUCCAUUGGGGAAAUGGAGGGGGUAGUGUGGGGAGGGGGGUGUUUUGGGGAGAGGGAUUAAUUUUCAAAAUCCCUUGGAUAGGAGAAAAUAGAAGCAGUCCUUACCUCUGUAUGUUUGUACACACUGCCAUCUAGUGCUAUGGACCAUACUCUUUAUGGAAUACUGACACCAGCUUAAAACUACAAAAGAUUACCUUACAUAUUACCGGAGGGAAAUAAAUGUUGUGAGCCGGCUGUUUAGAAUGGCAAUUCAGUUGUGCAGACAGCACCAACUCUUAAGAACCGUCAUAACAUUUACAAUGGGGGAAUCAGCUUGUUUAAAAGAUGACUGCACGCUUCUUAUCCUCAACAUAUUUACUUUUUUUUUUUAACUUUAAUAUUUUCAUUGCCCACCCCAUGAUUUUGAAUUCUUGCAAUUUUGCUGCUCAUUAUGCCACCUCCUCAUUACAUGUUGGUUGCUAAUGAUAUAAAUAAAAUAUAUAUGUUAUAUAUAAAUAUAUAAAAAAUAUCUACAGACUUUGAAGAAAAUCUUUAGUUUCUGAUUUAAAAUCACUAUUGGAUGGAGUUGUUUUAGCCUCAUUGCUUUGGGUUCUUUUGUGUUGUUUUCCUUGUAAAGGCAGCUGUUAGUGUACUUGAUAAGUUCUGAGUAAGUUUUACAUGCACACCAGCUGUAUCAUAUUGAACAGCGUGAGACCCGCUGAUUAUUAUUUUUAUGAAUCAUGUACAUUCUGAAGUGAUUGAGGUCUCUUCAGACAGGAUUUGAUUUUGUAGGAGAUGGUUAGUGACCAAGACUCCUUUUUGACAUCCACAGAAAUGUAAACAUUCACAGGACAUUUAGCUGUUUGGGAGGCACAUAGAGCAAAGAUAUUUCUGUCAACCUGAGUAUCUUGGCAUUUCUGUUGCUCACCUAUAGAUGUAUUUACACAGAGUAAACCAAUUAUCAUUGAUAAGGUCCUAAUGGGAUGCUUGGCUUGCUACCCAAAAUAGGCUUGGGUUUUUUUUAACCUCUUAGACUUUGUUGUGUGUUUUAGUCAAGUAGUGACUACAGCACUUAGAUUAAUUUUAUACACGAUAAUACGGUUGAAUCUGUUUGAUCCUAAGUUCAGGGCACUUUGUAAACUACCUUACUGAGCAUUUGAAAAUCUUUUCAGGUAUUUUUCUAAUCUGGUGGCUGGUCCUGAAGUGACUAGUCACCCUCAGAGGACAGUCAGAAAAUAAGGAUGCAAGUGGUUUAGGAAUGAAAACAGCGCCUUUACACCUUCCCCUGUGAGGGACUCCAACCAGGUAUUCACUUCAGGGUCACCCUUAUUGCUAUUUCGAAUCUCUAUUUUGAGCAUUUAGUUUGCAAAGUUUUGUAAGGCACAUUGCAACUUUUUAAACACAUUUCAGUAUCCUGUUCCCCUCAAGGUGGAGCUUUCACAUGAAUGCAAAGUUGAGGGCGCGGGGGGGGGGGGGAAUGAUAUUUAUAGUAAGCGCUGGAGGCCCUUGGCUAUGAUGUCAGAUAAGUGUGGUUGAAUAAGCGAUUCCUACUUCCUCACAGCCUAGCUGCUGCUUUGGAAAUGACUCUAGAGUGAAGUUACAAUCCCUUGGCUGCACACUCCAUUUCAUUCCAAUGAGAAAAAAAAAUGGUGAUGUCCCAAAUUCAGCAUUUAGCAUCACUGCAAGCUCAGGUAAGCAGAGCUGUGGCAGGAGGGAGGUAAUGGUUUCAGUACUAAGAGGGUUGGUAACUGGCAAGACAAUGCAUGGAGAUGGACCCUCACUAAACCCCCACAACUGAAAACACUGUCUGGGGGCAUGAGCUCGUCUCUGGAUACAAACUCAUUCACUUACCCCCCCAUUUAAGCUUGGUAUGUCUCAAAGUCCCCCCUAACCCAACACAUGAAAGUCCCUCUUCAAGCAAUGCCUAUACAAAAAAUAUAUAGAUAAUUUCACUCAUCUCUAUAGGUGAAAGGGUAUUUAGCAUUUCUUAUGAUGUCAGUGAAAGUGUACAUUACAUUAGUGGGUUAGUCUUUGCUACUUUUUACAGAGAAAUUAAUUGCUAUGUGUGUAUUGUACUCUGGAUUUGACCUUCUGAUUGCAGGAGACUCAAUAGUUCUAGCAUCAAGCUAACUUCUGGGUUUUCUUUUAAGAACCCAGAUGUUACAAGUCACAUCAUUCAAAGCAGGAUACCAAUUUCUGAUUGGCAUCCAGUGGCAGAACAGGCCUUAGUUGAGAACAGCUAGCUUUGUUUGCCAGAGCUUAGGUGGCCAUUUCCACCAAUCUACAGUAAUGUGUAAACCAAGGAUCCUAAAAAGAAAUAAGCCUGCAAAAUAAACAAGACUAUAAAGAGUGAACUACACUGUGGGCUAGGGUGAUCAGAUGAGAGGAAGAAAAUAUCAGAACAUGUGGAGGGGGGUCCCCGGUGGAGCAAAAAAAAAAAAGUGGGAAAUAUCAGGAUGCGGGACAAAUGCCUAAAUAUCAUGACCGUCCUGAUUUUAUCGGGACAUCUGGUCACCCUACUGUGGGCUCUCAUUCUCCAACCCAGGCAUCAGCCACCAGCCCCUCCAGAGCAGGGCAUAAAACACAAUCAGUAUUGAGCAUUUGUUCUCCCCAGCUAUAGUACAGAUGUACAUGUUUGACUUCAUUUACUAAAAUGCCCUCUUUCCAUUUAAUACUAAACAGUGACAUGCAGAUCACACAGUCAAUGCCUUUUUAAAACACAGAGGUCUCUAACAAAGGAAAAUCUUGCAUGGCCCAUGCUUUGAAGGUAUGUCACAGUUCCACUACAGACAUAUUACUUAAGGUUGUUGGAUUUUGUUUUGGGGUUUUUUUGCGUGUUGUUCCGAUACUGAGAUGUAUUUUGUUUGGUUUUCAUUUUCCUGUUGCUGUAUCUUCUAUGCAAUUCCUUUUCUAAAGAAUUACUAACAGAGAAGUGCUAGCCAUUGCAUUAUUUGUAUUGCUGUACAGUGGAGGUGUGGUUUACUAGUUCUGAGUGUGCCUCUUCUCCCUUUUUUCUCCUUCCCUCUGUUUGUAAAUGCCUGCAUUUAUUCUGUCAGCUUGACAUGUACAAAGUGUAAGAAAGAAUUUUUAAACAGGUAAUAAAUUAUAUUUAUAAGCAACUAGACAAAA